CGAGGGAGGUCUGACAGGAAGCCGCCACAUAAAAUCUUUCUCAGGAUGGGGAUUCUGAUAUCAUAUCUGGGACCAUCGGACAACUGUACUCUUCCGUCUCUGACCAAGUGUAGAAAGGGGCACAAGUGGUUUUCUAGUUUUGAAUUAUACCCUUUUGUGGUUGGCUCUCGAAAAACAGUUUUUGAGGGCAUGAUGUACGAUGUGUAUAUCCCAAACAAUUAUUGGAGUAAAAGACACGCAAUAGUCAAGUGUAUAAACUACGGAAAAGGAACUGAGGAAGAUGUCAAAGCGGAAGUAAGUGGUGCGAUCAAGGCGCAAGAAUUCGCCGAAGGAUUUUCGAAAAAGUUUGACACCGUUGACAAGUUUUCUCUUAAAUUUCAGCGCCCUCUAGCGGCCGUGAUGGACAACGUCUCAGUGUUUAACGGUAUUUUUCGUUUCCUAAAAGGUUACGACAAAGUGUUAUCCGAGGGAGAGGGCGUGUUGAUUGAGGAAAAACUUGAAGGUGAGUUUGUCUCUUUCAUAUACAAAAAUGGCGGCAUCACAUCCAACUGUGAGGCUGUCCUACAGGCGUUCUGUCACUACACCUACUCCGCUAGUCACGAGGAACUGGUGGUAUCCGGACUUCAGGGAGUGAAGAAUGGCAACACCUACACCCUGUCCACUCCAUGUAUUCACUCGCGGUCCCGACAAUACGGGAAUACGGAUGCUGGAGAGGUCGGUAUCUCUAGUUUCUUCUCCCACCACGAAUGCAAUGACUCCUGCAGCGAGUUGCCAAAAUUUUCACCUACAGACUUAUCCGCGUCAUCGAGUGUUUCAUCUGAAAAACCGUACUCAUUCGAAGACACGUUUCCAGUUCAUUAUCCAAGCAAGCGGUCAGGAUGCGAUAGUCCGGAAUUUUCUUAUACUGAGCGCAGUAUGUUGGUAACGGCAGAAAAACAUCCCCCGGCGUACGAAGGAAUUGACUCGCAGCCCCCCACCUCCAUACGAUUUCAAAAAUAAGGCUUGUCAUGGAAAAUCAAACAAUGCUGGACCACUGAAUCCUUUCUCCUCACCGGAUGUCCAAACAUACUGAUUGAUAUAUCAUCCCAGUUCUAGAUGCUGGAGAGGCCGGUAUCUCUAGUUUCUUCUACCACCACGAAUACAAUGCCUCCUGCAGCGAGUUGCCAAAGUGUUUACCUACAGAUUGGUCAGCAUUAUCAAGUACUUGCCACGAACCAAUUUGACCUCUUAGAGACAAGCAAUCAAGUAUGUUUAAAUUCUCUAGAAUGUCCCAGGGACAUGUGCUAUGUCCUACGUAGUGUUAGCCAACUGAGUUUCACAUUUUAUCUAAAAAACAAUGACAUAUGCUAUCUUCACAAGAGAAUGAUUUGCUGAACAUAUGUAGGUCACUAUUGCACAUUGAACACAAUCUUCAAGACAGAACAUACUGAAGCACAUUUUUAGCUAUGUAAAUCUUUAACGGAAGUGUUCCACACACUUUCGGUUCUUGUACAUGUACACCCAAGAAUGAUUUGAAGAAUUGUGUAUAUGUAAAAUGAUGGCGGUCAAUAUUUCAGAAAAUUCGUUAACUUGACCUCAUUAAAAUUUGACCUUUAGAAGACAACUUUCCUGAUUCCCAUUUUUUUCUGAUUUUUUUUCAUCAUUCAAAACAAUGUGCCAUAAAUUACAAAAUGUGUUUGGAUUACAAGAGCAAGAAGUGGUUGUUUAAACUUUAAAAACGUCUUGAAAAAGUUGAAAAUUCGCAUAAAUACUUUCGUUAUUUCGUUUGGAUUCAUAACUAUACACCUUGAAAUAAAAAAGAUUUAAGAUAACUAAAUUGUUAUUACAGUUGUUAAUAUGACAACAUCAAAAAACACCUGAGGUACCGAGAAACGGAUGUGUGGUGAAAAAUAAUGUAUCACACGUGGCGUGAUGUAUCACACGUGACAUGAUGUAUCACACGUGACAUGAUGUAUCACACGUGACAUGAUGUAUCACACGUGACAUGGUGUGCCACACAUUGCUAAUGUAGUGAUGUAAAACAAGUGAUCUUUGUAAAAACGUAUAACACGUGACAUCUCAAUAAUCAGCAUGUUGUUGGAUUAUAACAUUAUAAGUGAGUUUCUUAUAUAUCUAAUGGUAUACAGAAAAAAGUAGAAUGGUAUAUAGAAUUUGAAUAGUUUAUUGAAUUCAAAGUAUAGCACAACAAAAAACUAAAUAAUAACAAAAAUAAUAAUAAAAAUAGAAUAAGAUCAAUGGUUUUUUUGUUUUAAAUUUGAAUAGAAAGCCAAUUAGGCGAUUUACAAUCCAUCCUAUCAGAUACGAUAAAUUCACAAAAAUUAAAUUAACCCAUACCCUUAGCCUGAAGUUCCAGGAACAAGUAUUGUAGGGAUAGAAGAUGGACCAAUAAUUUAUUUGGUGUAGAUCGGAGGUAACCUAGAUUAACCCGGACAAGAUUAUGAGCGGAAGGUCAGAAUUAUGGACGGCCACAACGCAAAUUCAUAGCCCCAGACCCCACCCCGUUCCCG